AUGUAUCAAACGAUAUUUUCAUACAGUUUGUUUUUAAUUAUUUUCGCCAACUUGUUCUCAAUAGCCCAUGCAGCAAUCAACUUGAAAGAAUCUUACAUAGGAUGCUAUCUAAACAUCAGCUCAACGAAAACUGUUGCAUCAGUUGGCUCAGUGAAUGAAUGUUCACUGGAGUGCACAGAUGAAAUUAACAAUAUGAUCGCUUUGAAGAGUGGAAAAGAAUGCAACUGUAUUGGAAGGUUAGAUUCGGCAGUGGCUUCAUCCCAGUGUGAUGUUCUUUGCGCCAAUAGAGAUGCUUGUGGUGGAAGGGACUCAUAUUCCGUUUAUAAAAGCAAGCCACGAAAGACGCACGAUGACUACGCCAGUUUUGAAACACGUCAGACAGAUGUCAUUUUGAUGACAUUACCAAACACUUACACAUUUGAAAUGUGCGCACAUUUCUGUUUUGAGACAAAUUGUACGUUUUUUCAGGAAAUUGACACGUCGAACAAAUGCGGUUGCUUUCAAGAACAUGGUACAGGAAGUAGCUACUUCACAAAAUUAAUUUGCGAUACCUGCUCAAGUGACGGAUCGAAAGUUUGCAAAUGUUAUCAUCAAGGUCAUGAGGAAAAAAUAACCAUAUUCGCAACACGCUUCCAAUACGACUUCCAACGAGGAGUAUCGACUUAUUCUCACUGCAGAAACAGAAUCAAAGGAAAUUACGAAAUAACUGCAAACUGUCCUGAUGGAUGCGAUCCGGGAUGGAGAGGUGAUUCAUGCAGAGAAAGAGAUUGCUCAUCAGAUGGAGGAGAUUGUCCCGUUGGAAUGGAAUGUAUUGAGUCCACGGUGAAUGGUAAUAAGUACGUUGAAUGUGUCUGUCCCCCUGGUAAGGUCAGAAACAAAUGGUACCAAUGUGAGGUUUUCAGGAAAAAUUUAGCUUUACAUAAACCUCCUUAUUACAGUUCAACCUAUGAUGAACAUGACAACCCCACAAUGGGUGCUCAUUACAAAAUACAUUUAACAGACGGCAACUAUGACGGCUACCACAUAUCUCACAUACUUGAUGCCAUGCCAGCCUGGAUGGCGGUCGACCUGCUUAGUUUAUAUUGCGUAGGAUUCAUCAGAGCAUACAACAGAAUAAAUCAAAUGACUGAAAUGCUGAAAAGAAUGGACAAGUUUGUUGUAAGGUUGAACGAAACGUUCGAUGUGAGUAAUAGAGAAGACAUCAGAGACAAAGUCAACUUGUGCGGGUACGGACCAGAAGAAGCGAUACAGGGCGGAAACCCCAUGAUUGUCGUUUGUGAGAACUUCACCAUCUUCACAAGAUUUGUUUUCAUUCAACCAUCUGAUGAGAGAAUGAAAGAUCAUCAUACAGCACUCGCAGAGUUGGAAGUAUUCGAGGCUGGAUGCGAUCUUUUCAACGGGAGGUGCGAAGAGGUGGAGCCGUGCAGAGAGGAGAAGAAAGAAAAUUUAACAGUCAUCCACUGCAAUGAAUUGCCAACCACUAAUUAUACUCUAUCAGUAACCCAUGCAGCAAUCGACUUGAAGGAAUCUUACAUAGGAUGCUAUCGAAACAUCAGCUCAACGAAGACAGUUGCAUCAGUUGGCUCAGUGAAUGAAUAUUUACUGGAGUGCAAUUUGGAAAUUAUCAAUAUGAUCGCUUUGAAGAGUGGAAAAGAAUGCAAUUGUAUUGGAAGAUUAGAUUCGGCAGUGGCUUUAUCCCAGUGUGAUGUUCCUUGCGCCAAUAGAGAUGCUUGUGGUGGAAGGGACUCAUAUUCCGUUUAUAAAAGCAAGCCACGAAAGACGCACGAUGACUACGCCAGUUUUGAAACACGUCAGACAGAUGUCAUUUUGAUGACAUUACCAAACACUUACACAUUUGAAAUGUGCGCACAUUUCUGUUUUGAGACGAAUUAUACGUUUUUCCAGAAGAUCGAUACGUUGAACAGAUGCAGUUGCUUUCAUGAACAUGGUACAGGAAGUAGCUACUUCACAAGAUUGAUUUGUGAUUCAUAA